CGCUCCGAUCAGCGAUGUUGACAGCUGACGCCGGCGACACACUUCACCGACCUCACCCUCUAGACACCAUAGCAAACCAUGGUCGAUUUUGUGGAGGUUUUCUCACAGCGUCAGCCCAGCCCUGUAUGGAUCUCAGUGCUUUGGUUCCCAAUCUUCUACGAUAACUUUUAUGAAUUCGCUUGCUCCAUGAUCCAUGCUGUGGGCCCAUCAAGUGAAUGAGCGGUUGAUGACUGCACUCAAAGCAUGGCCGCGCGUAAAAGUAUCAUACCUGGAGGCUUCCGUGACCGUGUGUUGUUUCUGCUCAUGAUGUGCGGCAUUCCCGUCAUCGUGUUUUUCAACUUUUGCUUCGUCGCACCCAGGUACCACGACACGUUCAACAAGUUCAUGUGGAUGCACACUGCUUCGGCUGCAUUUAUCACGUUCAACAUAUACGCCAACCUGUUCAAGCUCCUGCAGACUGACACCAGUGCGCACCACGUAGCGGACGACGUACUGUUGCCUGGCUGGCGUUACUGUCCGGUGUGCGCGAUGAAUGUGCCGCCCCGCUCGCAUCACUGCAGCGUGUGCAAAGAGUGCAUACUCAAACACGACCACCACUGCAUGUUCACUGGCCGCUGCAUUGGCUACUACAACCAGCGAUACUUCGUGGUCGCUCUCUUCUACAUGACGGCCGGUAAGCUUUUCAGCACUGUUCUCCCGAAAAUUCGCAAAUCCAAAGCCACCACAGGCGGAGA